CUCACCAUCACCCUUCUUUUUUCUUUCACAUCUUUCCGCUCCACCCUGGGGAUGGGACCGGCGGCGAGCCGGAGUUGCAGUUGAGUAUUUGACUCUUGCCCUUCGGUCUCUUCCUCCGUUCCCGUCAUCAUCAUCACGCCCCUUCCCGGAAUCUUCCAUGGUUUCAUCCUUUAAAGGAAGCACCAUCUGCAGGGCUUCACAGUGGGGUAAAUUCCACUUCUUUAAGUUAGCAGUACAAGUGUACAACUGCACAACACAGCCUAGAAGAGCAGAGCAAUGGCCGCCACGCCGGAGGAGUUCCUGGGGCAGCAGAGUUUCCUUUCGCGGCUGGAGCCGCCCUCGCCGUCCCUGUUCCUCGGCCUGCCGCCGACGCCCCGCGGCGUGGAGGACGGGGACUCCUCGUUUGACGAUAUGGCGCUGCCCUACAUCUCGCGCCUGCUGGAGGAGGACAUGGAGGACCACUUCUUCUACCUGUACCCCAACCACCCCGCGCUCCUCCGGGCGCAGCUGCCCUUCGCGCAGAUCCUCGUCGACGUCGCCGACAGCGCCAGCGGCUCCACCUCCGCGCUCUCGCCGUCCUCCUCCACCUCCACCUUCGACGCCACUGCCUCCACAACCCCCAGCGCUACAUCGCCCUACGACGCAGAAAUCCAGAUCUCACGGCCGCCCUACACCCAAGUACUGGGCCUUGCCUCAGGUUCACCGGACACCCAGAGCUCGGCGCUCCUCAGCGGCGACGAGGAAGCCCAAAACCCUAGCUCUGACUUCGUCACUGGGAAUUAUUUGUUGCCCGGCGACCAGGACAUGCUCAACAUGGCCUUCCUCAAAGGCAUGGAGGAGGCGAAGAAGUUCUUGCCGCCCAACAGCAGCCUCCCGGCCAUGAAGGUGGAUCAAGUGGUGGGCGGAGCGCUCGCUGGAGCCGGCCUCAAGAAAAAGAGGGACACUCUAGAGCCAGACAUGGGCAGGGCCAGCAAAUUGAUGAUGCCGGAGCAGGAGGAGGAUGGCGCACGAGAGCUGUUCGACGAAAUGAUGUUCCAGGAACACGAGAUAUGCAUGAAGGGGGUUCAGCAGCUUCGCAUCGCAGUGGACAGUGAACCCGGGAAGAACAGACGGAAGAAGGGUCGGCCAAGACGGGACUCGAGUGACAGUGAGAUGGUGGACCUGCACACGCUGCUGCUCAACUGCGCCCAGGCGCUGUCCACAGACAACCGCCAGACCGCAGGUGAGCUGCUGAAAAGAAUCAAGCAGCAUUCGACCCCAAAGGGUGAUGCGGCGCAAAGGCUGGCGCAUUAUUUUGCCGAGGCGCUGGAUGCACGGCUGGCGGGUAGGGGGAGCGAGCUGUACCAGUCGCUCAUGGCAAGGCGUACCUCGGUUGCAGACUUUCUCAAGGCCAACCAGCUUUACAUGGCAGCUUGCUGCUGCAAGAAGGUGGCGUUCAUCUUUGCCAACAAGACCAUCUGCAAUGCUGUGGUAGGGAAGAGCCGAUUGCACAUUGUGGACUAUGGUCUGAGUCAAGGACUGCAGUGGCCGGGCCUGUUACGUAUGCUUGCAGCUAGAGAAGGUGGACCACCAGAGGUGAAGAUCACCGGCAUUGACCUCCCUCAACCUGGGUUCCAUGGAGCCUACCAUAUUGAGGAGACGGGGCGCAGGCUCAGCAACUUCGCCCGCGUGUUCGGUGUGCCGUUUAAGUUCCAUGGUAUUGCAGCAAAGCGGGAGACAGUCCAGCCAGAGGACCUGAACAUCGACCGUGAUGAGGUGCUUGUGGUGAUUAGUCUUUGCCAUUUCAGGCUUUUGAUGGACGAAAACCUCGGCUUUGAUACUCCGAGCCCCAGGGAUCAGGUCCUUAACAACAUCAGGAAGAUGCUCCCAGAUGUGUUCAUCCAUGGCAUUAUGAAUGGUUCGUAUGGUGCUACAUACUUCCUGACACGGUUCAGGGAGGCACUGUUCAAUUACUCUGCCCAAUUUGACCUGCUGGAUGCGACAGUCCCCCGGGAUAACGAAGGGCGUCUGCUGCUUGAGCGUGACAUCUUCGGGCGGUCUGCCCUGAAUGUCAUUGCAUGUGAGGGCGCAGACCGGGUGGAGCGCCCUGAGACAUACAAGCAGUGGCAGCUCCGGAACCACCGGGCUGGGCUGACACAGCUGCCAUUGAAUCCAGAUGUUGUUAGGCUUGUGCUGGACAAGGUUAAGGACAACUACCACAAGGACUUCGUCGUUGAUGACGAUCAGCGGUGGUUGCUGCACAGGUGGAAGGGGCGUGUGCUCUAUGCCCUGUCAACAUGGGUUGCCGACAAUGCAACCUAGCUUCUUUUCUCAAUCAAACUUGGAUUAUUGACAUCAAUAGAUAUUUCCAUGUUUAUAUUGAUCCAAUGGUUUGCGUUCUAUUAUGUACCUUACAUGGCCAGAGAAAACCAGAGUAGCAAGGAAUACUGACCCUGAAAGAGUUUACUAAUUUGGUCAAGUAUGCAGAUCGUGGCAGGGAUAUAGGACUAUAGAUUAAGCAUGAGAAAUGGAACAAGGAGGUCAGAUCACACCUAGAUGAUUAGGAAAGCAACUGCUUUUUUGUUCUUUCUGGUUGGAGACAGUUCGGUGAUUCCAAGGAGACAAGCUUAGCAGAGCAACAUUACACCUACCAUGA